AUGGCACUGCCUGAGCCACCCGAAGAGACCGUGGAAGUUGAGGAAGGAGCCAUCCCUGAGCUGCAUAGCGUGCUGGAGGGCACGGUCGCCUCCGUCCGGCCCUUCGGUGCUUUCAUCCGUGUUGGAAAAGGUGACCAGUACAAGGAUGGCCUGGUUCACAUCUCCGCCAUAGCACCUGGACGGGUGGAGAAAGUCUCCGACUACCUAGACGUUGGGGACAAGGUUUGGGCGAAGGUGGUGAAUAUCAAGGAGGAGGAGGGAAAGUAUGGCCUUGACUUGCGUUACAUCAACCAACAGACUGGGCAAGACUUGGACCCGAAGAAUCGAGAAGGCCGUUUUCCCAAGGAAGGUGGAAAGCAGAAGAAGGUGCAAACUGAAGACUUGGUCAAGGAUGCCAAGGCCGUGAUGGAAGAAGUGAAACGCAUGAAGAAGGAAUCGAAACUAAAGAAGAAGUUUCUGAAACUAGAGAACAAGAGAAAGAAGAAAUUGCAAAAGAAACUGAAGAAACAGGCCAAAGGAAAGGGAGAGAAGGAUGAUGAAAGUUCCUCUUCAAGCUCCUCCACUAGUUCUUUGUCGGAGGCUACCCAAGCAAGACUGCGAAAGGAGUUUGGCUUUCCAGAGCCAGCAAAGAAAGCAAAGCAAGUGCAAGAAAAUGGAAAGGGCCCAGGCAUCACUUUGAAAGAAAGGAAAGAUGUUUCAAAGCCGGAAGGUCCGUCAAAGGGUUCUGUAGAUCGGCCCAAAGCGACUGCAGAUGAUCUUCGAGGCCUCGAAAGGUUCCGAAGCUCCAGAUCCCCCGAGCCCCGCGAGCGGCGCAGGCGUGAACCGCCUGCGCGCCGGGACUCCCGUGGACGUCACCGCGACAGCAGAUCUGCCCCACGGAGAGCGCCACGGAACGAACGGGCACGGCGUGACUCCCGCCGGCCACCGCCACAGGAAAGGUCAGAUUCACGCAGGCAGCUGGACUAUGCCCAACGGAGCCCCAGUCCUGCGCCAAGGAGAAAGAGGUCUCGCGCCAAGGUGGAGGGGAGCCAGACCGAGAAGCGUUUGGGCUCCCGUGAGAGGAGACGACUUUACGCCAGUGGCGUUGCGGAUGAAUCCAAAGACCCCGAUGAAAAAGUGUCAAAAAAGACCAAGGCAGAGAGCCAGAAGGAGAAGGGCAAGGAGAGCACCAAAGAAAAGAGCAAGCGAUCAAGAGAAGAUCGUUGUGAAGAAGAGCCUCCAAAGAAAACGAAACGCAAGAAGAAAGAUGCAGAUUGAUU